AUGGAGCCGCCGCAUCGGCGGGGCGCCGGCAGCGACCAGGGCCCGCAGCCCCAGCCCCGGGGCCAGCCUUGGCCCGCCUGCUCGGCUCCGGCUGAGGGCCGGGGCUCUGCGGACAGCGGCGGGCUGAGGCCUGGGCUGAGAGGAGCGGCGGCAAGAGCUGCGCCGGACCCGCGAGCGAACAUUCAGAGGAAGAGGGUAAGCUCCGUAAGCAAGGAAAAUACCCUCUGUAAAUACAUGAAAACUUCUAGUGAAAUCACACAAAAAAAUGUUUGUACAGUGUCAAAAAAAGAAGAAAAACUUUUAGAAAAGAUCAGACUUAUAAUUUAUGAACGGAUGGAUAUUUUAAAUAAUGACUUCUUUAAUCAAAAACUAGAAAGUUUAAAUAGAAGACUUUUACAAGUGCAGUGCAAAAAAAACCAUGGAGAAAUAGCUAUGACAUUCCUAAGGAAACUAUCAAAACUUGAGAGACGUAUUAAUGCUGUGAUAAUAUUUCAGGAGGAAGCAUUGUCAAACAUAGCUGUUCAUCAGAUAAUGCUUCCAAGUGCAGACUAUCAAAAUGGGAUACUAAACCAUCUUGGACACUCUGCUUUCUUUCCUAAUAUCAUAAAUACAGAAGGAAGUUCCUCAAAUACAUUUUUGCUGUCGUCUCAUACUGAUUUCACUUCAGCAAGUGUUUCAGAAUAUAAAAGUUCUGAUGAAGUCAGACUGAUCUCUGUGGAAAGACGAAACUCAGCAACUACAAAUAAUUCAGUGAUUGUACAUUACCAAAUACCCACACAAGAAGAAAUGACAGGAAAAGUUCAGAGUGAAGUGAAGGGAGGAAAACUCAAAGUGAUGGGUAUAAUUCAAGAAGAAAGCCACAACUGUAGCAAAGGGCAAAGAGAAGAAGAUCAGAAACUUUUAUCAAACUAAUGGAAUUCAAAGCCAGUGUGCCUCAGUUAAGGGUUCCUAAAGCUGAGAGAACAAGUAUCAAAUGAGUUACUCUCAAACUCAAAUGAGUUUACUCAAACUUAGUAUGGUAUUAAUUGUGGAUUUGCGUAUUGCAGUAUGCUUUAGACCUGGAUGGCAUAUUAAAAGACAUUUUCAAAUGAGAAAGGAAUGGUGUUUAAACAGUUGGGCUUUGAAGGAGUGGACUGCUCUUUCACCACGAGGAGGCUCUAUUGUAACGCUAAAAGAAUAGUAAAAACUUUGACAGAAGCAAGCAAAUAAGUAAUGCUAGGAGGUACUAUGGCUAGAAAUAAACCCACAAAAAAAAUCCUAACCACCAAACUUGUCCCACUUAUCUUUCCCAUUUCCUCUUCCCCCCUCUGCUUCUUCUCCCUCCUCUGAAUUUGUCAUGACUAAAAAUGUGUUAAAACAUUAGUUGCUAACAGGAUUUAAAUUUUUACUCUAUGAGCAAAACAGUUUAAAUUCUUCAACACAGAUAUUUAAUCAUGGAUAAGACUUUCUGCUGAAAAUAUUUUACUAAAAAGUAAAUGAAACUAUGUAAAGUAACAUAUUAAAAAAAAGAGAGAAUAUAGUACCUUUUUUAUUUUACCUCUUGCCUAUAAAAUGUUAAAAAGGUUGAAUCUGUGAAGCAGUGAACACAGGCAUUAUAUUCCUACUUUGUCCUUUGUAUUAAUGUGUGCAUAUUUGGUUUGAAUGAAUUUUUCUGAACCUUAGCAUUUAUGACAGCAACACAGCUGCUUUUUCUUUUUUUUUCUUUUUUUUUUUUUUCUGGGAUAUUUGGUUUUGAUUCAAAUUUACUGACUUGAAUCUUAAAAAUACAGUUUCACUUGUUUGGUAGUGGUGGUUUUUGUUGUUGUUUUGUUUGUUUGUUUGCUUUGGAAGAGAAAUAGAACACAAGCUUUCCUCUCCAAGCAACAGCAGUAAAAUACAACAACAUCUGCACUGCAUGAUACACUCCAGACAUCAUCAGGAUUGUUUCAUAUGUGUUGAAAAUGAUAAUAACAGUUUAAUUUUGUUACAGCACCUGCUGGUUUACUCAGCCAUGCAAUGUACACCUGUUUUAAAACUAAGUGACUAUGUACAUGCACAGGUUUGUGGUUUUUUGGCUGAAUUUAUUAAGGGGGGAAAGGUCCAGAAAUUCAGUUAGUUAGUAAUGAUCCAAGGUAAACAAAUAUCCCUCUAGAUGUAAGGCACUCCCUUCAAUAGCACACAAGUUGUUUAUUUUUUUUCCUAAGU